UCUUUGACCAUUUGGCUUCUGGGACUGUUAAUUCAUCUAUUAUUAAGCAUUAUAUUCAAGAUACACAAAAAAAUAGCUGUUUUUGAAAGUUUCCACACUAUAGAGGGCCUUGUUCUACUAAAAAAUCUCUUUGCUGCAAAAGUAUUGUGACACUAGUAACCCAUUUUUUUUAACUGUGAGUCAAUACAAUACAGUAGGUGCGAAACUUGGUUAAGUCAUAUGUGGAGGGCUUAGACUUGGACAGAUCUACCCCAGUGCAUGAAUUGUGCAACUAGCCUUAAAUACAACUCCUUGAGGAAGCAAAAUGUAUAGGGCCAGAAUGAACAAGCUUAUUUCUGACAUAUUUCUGUUUGAGUCUAAUGUUGUAUUUGACACAAUCAGCACAUUUCUGUGGUAACAACUAACCCUCUGCUCAGAAGAACAUUGUGCAGCAUGAUAAAUGGCUCUGAGAAAGUCACACAAAUGUAGUCUGUGGUUUUUUGAGACUGUGGUGCUAUUAAUUUGCAUGCAACUUUUCAGCCAUAUGCACCAAAACGUAUUUGAACACUUUUGGAGAAGUAAUCGACACUUAAAAAUACAAGAACAUCUAUUCCAGCCAAGCCUGUUACAUCAAUAUAAUAUGACUGUAAUCUAAUCCAUCACCUAUACCAAAGUAAUCUGCUAAUUCCACUUUAACCUAAAUAAUUGUAACAAGCUCUGACAGUGUCAACAUCUCAUGCAACACAAUCAACUUUGUAUGCUAGAUUAUACCAGAAUAGUAAUGCCAACGUAACCCAAUACAAGCACAAAACUUCCCAGCUCUCUCUCGUGUUGUCUGGCUAAAGCAAUGUGAUGGUCCUCAUAUUUGCAUGGAUUUCUUAGAUUUUAGGAGGAAGAUGCACAAAAUGGGCAUAGAAAGAACAGGCAAGGAAGUAUAAAUAAAAGAAAGUUACUAGUUUAUCAGAAUAUGCCCAAUUCAAUCUCAAGUACAGAAAAAUUUACUAAUAAAAGCGCUCUCUAGGAUCUGUCAUUUAUAUCAUCAGGUCUCUAAAGAGGAUUCCAGGAAAAUCAUGUCAACUGAGAAUGAGGAACUACCAGCACCAAAAACAGGGCCCAAAGGGGUGAUCCAAGACUGGAGGAAGUUCAAACUGGAGAGUGAGGACUCUCAAAGCAUCCCUCCUAACAAGAGAGAACUUCUCAGACAGAUGUCUAACCCCAAAUCUAACUACCAUGACACACAGGAAAAACUCACUCGCAAGAUGAGUGUUCAGGAAUAUGAGAUAAUCCAAGAGGAUGACGAGAGAUGUCUUUGUAAGUAUCGCAAGCAAUGUAUGCAGGAGAUGCAUGAGUGCUUGAGCUUCGGGCCCAAGUUUGAUGCCAUAUUUGAGUUGGAUAGUGGCGAGGCCUUCCUGGAUGUCAUAGAGAAAGAGCAUCACUUAACCCUCGUGGUGGUGCACAUCUACGAUGAUGAGAUUAAAGGUUGUGACACACUCAACAACUGCCUAACCUGCCUGGCAGGAGAGUAUACCAGUGUCAAAUUCUGCCGAAUUCAGGCUUCUGUCACAGGGGCUCGUGAGCGCUUUUCAGUCGACGUUCUGCCCGCCCUGCUGGUGUAUAAGGCCGGAGAGCUGCUGGGGAACUUCCUGUGCAUUACAAAGCACCUGAGUGAGGAGUUCUUUGCCAGUGAUGUGGAAAACUUCUUAAAUGAGUAUGGUCUUCUACCAGAAAAAGAGUUUGCAGCCUGUCCCGAUGAAGAGAAUGCUGAUGUGGAAUGAUCAAGGUGAAAGUGAAUUACGUUUGCCAAACAAUGAGGGCUGUCAGACUUGUUUCAGAGAUAGAUCCAGUACUGAUGCCGGGAAGUCUAAUGGGCCAUGACUACAACAAUUACCCCCUUACCCACGCAUGCACACCUAAAGGCAUUUACUCGCAUUCAACAAGAUGCAUAGCAGUUGACAGUGUGCUUAAGCUUGUCACAAAGAGCACACAGUGACACUGUACUUGUCAUUUAUAUUGUGUGUUAAAGCUGCUAUUUGCUUUGUAAAUAAAAUAUAUAAAAAAAUCGACACAGAAAGGCAAAUUACACUCCUUGCUCCUUUAUGACUAGUUUUGUAUUACAAAGGUCCUUCCUGGUAAAACGUGUUGUGACAUGUACACACCUAAUACCUCAAAGACCACACAAUUACAUUAUUAAAAGGGUUCAUGUUUAAGUGUUUGUUUGGAAAAGUGGGUUUAGGUGACUGAUUAAGUGACUCAUGUCAGUUACUCUUAUCAGGAUGCACUUGAUAAUUAUGUGUACAUUUGUUACUUUAGAAGUGAAAGAGAAGGGCAUCAUUCAA